CGAAGGGCAGGCACAUUUACGCAUGGGGUUAAAGGAUAUACUGUAGGCACACCUUUGGAUUGUAUGUCACGAGACUCUGGAUGCAAGGACUGCAGCUUCAAUCAGGACUAUGCUUUUGGUCUGAGGGCAUCAGCCCCAUGCAGCUACACCCCACGCUCUGAACUUCUGGGACGUUUUACGCUCUGUGAUCGAGACUCAGAUUUCGUGCAAGAUCGGGAAAAGAGAAAAUGGCACUGAGUGAAAACUGCAAAACGGAACCUGCAAAAGAGCAAGGUUUGGUGCAAAACCCUCCAUCGGAUGUUGUUGAGCUCAACGUGGGUGGACAGGUGUAUUACACUCGCCUUGCCACCUUGACAAGCUUUCCAAAUUCCUUACUUGGGAAGCUGUUUUCUAACAAGAAGGGCUCCUCAAAUGACUUGUCCCGGGACCUCAGAGGACGUUAUUUUAUUGACAGAGAUGGUUUUCUUUUUCGUUACGUAUUGGAUUACCUUAGAGACAAGCUGGUUGUCCUCCCUGAUCACUUCCCUGAGAGGGGAAGGUUAAAAAGAGAGGCGGAAUACUUUCAGCUGCCAGAUUUAGCCAAACUUGUAUCUUCUGAUGAUUCAAAACUAUUUCAAGACGACUUCAGUGAUUUCGAUGAUGCGUCGCAGGGCAGCGAGAGGUUUUACUCCUCUUACUCUUUGGACAGGAGGUACGGCUACAUCACGGUCGCUUUUAAAGGCGCUUGUGCUGGGGGAGGAAGAGACACUCAAAUUGAUGUUAAGGCCAAAAAGUUACCGAGGAUCUUCAUCAGCAGUAGGAUUGGCUUGGCAAAAGAGGUAUUUGGAGAUGCCCUGAAUGAGAACAGGGACACGGACAGGCCACCGGACCGUUACAGCUGCAGAUUUUUCCUCAAGUUCAGACACCUGGAGAGAGCUUUUGACAUGCUGUCAGAAAGCGGCUUUCACAUUGUGGCCUGUAAUUCGUCCCUGUCUGCGUCCUCCAUCGGUCAUUACGCGGAUGACAAGGUCUGGUCCAAUUACGCGCAGUACAUCUUCUACCGUGGUCCCUCAAAGUGGAUGUCCUCUCACUGUGACUGCUGCUGCUGCAAGAGCCACAAAAGUGAGCGGGAGGGAGAGAGCGGCACUUCUUUCAACGAACUCUCCACUUCCUGUUCUGAGACCCAGUCGGAGGCUAGUUCCCCUCAAGGAACCGUGAUCUGUGGCCCUGUGAGCCGGCACUCAAACAUCCAGACACUGGACCGUCCCAUGCCCAAAGGACAAGUCCAUCAUCUUCAGCAGGCGGAGAUGCGUCGCAAGACUGACAUGAUGCGCGUGAGAACCUUCGGGGUCCGAGAGCGAGAGGCCGCAAAGAGGAAAGCCAACAAGGGGAAGAUGACUCCGGAGCAGGAGCUGGAGAAAUGCAUCCAGGACUUCCGGCGCAUCAGGAUUCCUGAACGCUUUCCCGAGCGGAAGUACAUCUGGCAAUCAGAGCUCCUGAGAAAGUACCGUCUCUAAGUUUGAGUGUGAAGAAGAAGAAAGAGAUGGUAGUAUCAUGUCACCAUCAAUGAAGAGUAUUAACUACAUAGGCAAUAGAUUGCACCCUCUAAGGCACAUACUGUAUUCGUCAAUAAAAUAAAAAAAACUAUGGUCACUUUACUGCCAGCAUGACUAGCUGAGCACACAAAGUACAAGGCAGUGUGAGUUUGUAAAGUAUGCACAGUGUUGUGUACGAUAUGCACAUGAUGUGUUAAUCAGGUUCCUCCUGUUGGGGCUUACAUCACUAACCCUGUUCUCACCUCAGAGGGCUGGAAGUGUACCAACAGCUACUCUAUCACUAGAUGAAGCAACAAAGCAACCUCAGGGGCAACAUCAUUACAACUCAUCAACUUCCCACAAACUAAAUGUGCAAUUGCCCAGUAGCUGUUUUUUAAACAUGGAUGUACCCAUAUGGUGCUGUGAGUUAGCAAUGGAAUAUCACUAUACUCCACUGAUAACACAUACUUAUCGUAGGCUUUGAUAUCGCCACUGCAUGUCAUUUCACCCUUAGCAUAAUUAUGCAAUAUCAAACAAACUUUAAAUUCACUGUUUUGUGUGAUGGGUAAAAAUGGUGUGUUAUGACUGGGGCUAACUUAAAUGAGGAAAGCACUGCCUAGAUCUGUUUGCCAUUGUAAAACGUUAUGUCUGAUGUUGUCAUUACGUGUUGGAUAUAUGAUGUUGUGUAGGUAGAGUAAAUAAUGCCAAUGGAUAUUUGAUUAAUCCUUGAUUGUAAGUGUGCAAAAAAGCUAAUAAAUGGGUUAAAUUUA